CCAUCCCUGACACCCAAACAGUGUUCAGACAAGGAUCAACAGUUAGAGGAGAAGUAAAGAAACAGUAACAGAACUUCAUCAUGUCUUUUGAAGUGAAGGAGAAAACUGAGGUGCGUCUGGUGUUUUUGGGAGCAGCUGGAGUGGGGAAAACAGCCCUCAUCCAACGCUUCCUCAAAGACACUUUUGAGCCCAAGCACCGGCGCACAGUGGAGGAGCUCCACAGGAAGGAGUACGAGGUGGCGGGGGUCAAAGUCACCAUCAACAUCAUGGACACCAGCGGCAGCUACUCCUUCCCCGCCAUGCGUAAGCUGUCCAUCCAAAGCAGCGACGCCUUCGCCCUGGUCUACGCCGUGGACGACCCCGAAUCCCUGGAGGCGGUCAAGAGUCUGCGAGAGGAGAUCCUGGAGGUCAAAGAGGACAAGUACACACCUAUUGUCGUCAUAGGCAACAAGAUAGACCGCCACAAUGAGCGGCAGGUGUCCAGCAAGGACGUGCUGUCCACGGUGGAGCUGGACUGGAACCACAGCUUCUUGGAGUCUUCGGCCAAAGACAAUGUCAACGUGUUGGAAGCUUUCAGGGAGCUGCUGCAGCAGGCCAACCUGCCCAGUCGGUUCAGUCCGGCUCUGUGCCGGAGGAGGGAAACGUUCCCCAAAGAGAGCAACAAACGACCUCCGAUGAACAAGGCCAACAGCUGCCUCAUCUCAUAAUGAUGUGGAGCCAAAGAGACUGAGAGGAAACUGCUCAGAAGAGACUGAAAGACAGGACUUUGUUGGUGUGGAGCUGCACAACAAGAGACAGUGUAUAGGGACACUAAUGAGAGUCUUUAAUGAUGCGUGCUCGUCAGGCGUGAAACAUUCCAUCUCACCCCGCAACCGCGCUGGAGCCACAGAUACGCAUCGGCAAGGACGGACGUGUAACCAUGAAAACAGACACCAACCUUAAAGACAUGAAAGAAUGUGGCUAAGCAACUGUUUGAGAAAAAAAAAAGGAAAGUGCACAGGCACAGCUUACUGUGAAUUUAAAAAAAGAAAAGAUGGUGUAAUAAAUCGUGACAGUGUAGAAGCAGCAUUAUGUAUCAUAAGCUUAGUUUUCACUUAAAUGUAUAAAUGUGAUGUUUCUUUUUGAGGUUUUUUUUGUGUUACUGGUGUUUAAAAAAAAGUGCAAUAACUGUGAAGUGAUGGGUGUUUAUGCAAAAGUGUGUUUACAUGAGAGUUUUAUGGCGUGAACAACAAGAGAACGGUUUCUAUUUUUGAUAGCAACACAUCAGACAUUAAGUUGUUAAUUAUUGUGCAGCCUAUCGUGAAUCUCGGACAUUUUGAAAUACAUACUGUACUUACUGGUGUGUUUCUAUUAUUAAAAAAAGUUUUUUUUUUAAAUGGGAGUUUGCAUUUAUUUUAAGGAUUUCACUGGUUCUUUUUUACCAUAACAGUACAAAGACCAUGAUGAUGUUUGAUGUUCUUUUUCAGUGCUUAUUUCAAGAUAAAUAAAAGUGCUUUGCUAUAACUCCAGUUACACUGAUGUUCAUUUUAUCCAUUCUACAUGUUAAUUCCCUUUUUCUUUGCAGGUUUUUUUUUUUUUUUACAUGACAGAGCAGACCAAAGGAAGGCCUGUUUGUUUGGAAAGUCGUAUGGACAUUGUAGAAAUAUGUAUGAUAGAAAGUAAUCACAGGCCAAAGUAAAAUACAAUGGAAUAAAGCUGUCAAAAGUGUCGAUACUUAUAAACUCAUGAUAUAUUUAAUGGUUUUGGAAGUACCAAAGCUAUCUAAAAAGAUUGAUACAAUUACAUUUUUAAGACAAAGCUGCACAGAUGAAACAACAGGGAAGAAAAUCAACUGUUUGUACGUGUUCAGUGACUUUUUCUGUGUAGGUUGUUACUAAAAUAAAGAAUAUAUCCUA